AUAUUUAGCACCACUCAUUUUUCACUUCUCUCUCUCUCUCUCUCUCUCUCUCUCAAAUCAUCCACAAUGUAUAAUCUCAGAGAAAGAACUAAACUCUUGCUUACUUUCUUGCCCAUCUCAGCCAUUGCCUUAGUUUUGCUGCUCUACUCAACAACCCCUUUGAAAAAGAGCCCCAAGAAUGGCACCACAGAUAUGGUGGAUAUCCCCCACCUACACAUCCACAACCACAAACACAUCCAAGUAGCCCAUUUCACAUGCCAAGGAACACUAUACCCAGAGCUAUGUGUCUCAACACUCUCUUCCUUCCCUGAUCUCGCUACCAAGUCACUCCCACAGAUCAUCUCAGUCACUGUAAACCACACACUUUCCAAAGUCAGAGUCUCCUCCUCAAACUGUACCAGCAUCCGCAAGAAGCUCAAGAAUCUUGACCCUCUUCAAAAGAGAGCCUUGGACGAUUGCCUUGAGCUCUUUGAUGACACAAUGGCUCAGCUUAAAACCACUAUCUCUGACCUCUCUUCUAAGAAAUUAGACUCCAAGCAUCACAAUGACUUACAAACCUUGUUAAGUGCCGCAAUGACUAACCAGUACACGUGUCUUGACGGGUUUACUCGUAGCAAAGCAGACGUGAGAGAGGAAAUCAAGAACAACUUGUAUAAUAUCUCUCAGCUUAUGAGUAACUCUCUGGCCAUUCUCAAGAAAAUCCCGGGGUUUAACACAAGUAAGUCCCAGGAGUUCCAUGAGUUUGGAAAUAUGAAAAAUGGAUUCCCAUCGUGGGUUUCCCGGAAAGAUCGAAAAUUGUUACAAACAACAGUGAAUACGAUCAAAUAUGACUUACGGGUGGCUAAGGAUGGCACUGGGAACUUCACCACCAUUGGCGAGGCAGUGGCUGCAGCUCCAAACUCAAGCACAACCAGGUUUGUGAUAUACAUAAAGGCCGGGGCAUAUUUUGAGAAUGUGGAGGUAGAGAGGAAGAAGCCCAAUUUGAUGUUCAUAGGUGACGGGAUUGGAAAGACUAUUGUGAAAGCGAGUAGGAAUGUGAUAGACGGGUGGACUACAUUCAGGUCAGCAACCGUAGCCGUGGUGGGGGAUGGAUUCAUAGCCAAGGGUAUAACCAUUGAGAACUCAGCAGGGCCAAGUAAACACCAAGCAGUGGCAUUAAGGAGCGGUUCAGAUUUCUCAGCAUUCUACAAAUGCAGCUUUGUUGGCUACCAAGACACCCUUUAUGUCCAUUCCCUUCGACAAUUUUAUCGCGAAUGUGACAUAUAUGGGACAGUUGACUUCAUCUUUGGUAACGCAGCUGUGGUUCUCCAAAAUUGCAAUAUAUAUGCCCGUAAACCAGGUGAGAAGCAAAAAAACAUUUUCACUGCACAAGGUAGAGAGGACCCUAACCAAAACACAGGGAUAUCUAUCUUAAAUUGCAAAGUUACAGCUGCUGCGGAUUUAAUCCCAGUAAAAUCAUCCUUUAAGACCUAUCUAGGGCGUCCAUGGAAGGAGUAUUCAAGGACUGUUUUUCUCAGAUCUUACAUUGAUGAUUUGGUAGACCCAGCUGGAUGGUUGGAAUGGAAUGGCACAUUUGCAUUGAGUACCUUGUAUUAUGGUGAGUAUAAGAACCAAGGGCCAGGGUCUAACACAAGUGCUAGAGUGACUUGGCCCGGUUAUAGAGUCAUCAAGAACUCAACAGUUGCAAGCCAGUUUACUGUAGGGGCAUUUAUACAAGGAACUGACUGGCUAAAUUCUUCUAGCAUUCCAUACUUUGUCAGCUUGAGUUGAGGACUGAGGAUGGUUAUAAAGUAAUUAAUGCCUUUUCCUCUGUUUAAAUGUUGACGUUUAAGAAGCUCUAUGAUCGAAUAACAAGCAUUCAUAUGGCUCUGUCUAAA